UCAUAACAAUCUUCAUAACCAAAAGUAGGGGGAGAUGUUGUAUCACAUGCCAAGAAUAUGUAUGUAUGUUGUUCGAGGAAAACUCACCAUCUCAUCUUCAAAUAAUCGAAUCUAUAUUUUUUAAUAUAAUGUAAAUUAUUUCUUGGAAUGUCGAUGAUAAUUGAUAUUUUAGGGAUAUUAUUUGUAAAUUAUAAUACCUGAGAGAUAUGAAUGAUCGAAUUAUUGAAGCAAGUGAGUUUAGAACAUGGUUUUAGGCUUUUAGCAUGUAAUUGGAUGGAUUGGAUAUUGAUAAUAUCAUUAUUAUGUGAGCAACAUUUGUUUCACAUAUAAUUGAUCAAUCAAAGUUAGUAGCUGCCUAGUUGGAGGGAAGGAUCAUGUCAGUAACCCUAUGGUCAGUAAUAAUGAGUAACCUGUCCACAUCAGCAUGACAUCAGUAUUAUCUCUCUCCUGGAAAGUCUUUUAUAUAUUCCCCUUUAAUCUUUACGGACGAUUUCUCACUCGUUUUAAGUCGAAACUUAAUUUUUUUGCACAGAUAAAUCAGAUUAAAUGUGUUCUUUAAAAUGAUAUCCACUUUGAUAUAUUUUUAGUAGAAAAAAAAUUGAAUUAUUUUUUACCAGUCAUUACCAUAUGGUAUGCUCCUAUUUAAUACCUUAUGGUAAGAAAGCGUACGAUGAUGGUAUGAACAUACCAAUAUGGUAAGAAGGUUGAAUACAUGAUAGUAGGAGUAUACUAACUGUCAUUUACGACUUUCAUCAUUGUUUACUACAAGUUACUACCCACACACCAUAGUGGUAAAGUAUGGUAAUUUUUUAUCCAGUAUUUUUUUUUCACCCUGAAAUUUAUAGAUCCAAUAGAUCAUGAUGAACUCGUUUCUUCUGAGCAAACGGUUUAAAAAACGAAGAAAUUACCAUAUGGUAUGUAGUUGAUAAAAAAAAAGUUUCUCGAAAUAUAUUGAAAAUUGAUCUCAUUUUGUAGAGCACAACGCACUCGUUCCAUUUAUGCAAAAAAAUAAAUAAAUUGAAAUUCGAGUUAGAACGAAGAAGAUAAGAGCCGAUUAAAAAAACUAGAGAAAAUAAAAUGUCUUUAAUUGACAAUCUUUAAAUCUGAAUUUUCUGGACCCACUUAAAUCUAAAAGUUUAUAUUUAGUUACUCAUAGGUCAGGUUACUGACCCUAUCCUAAGCCCUAGCUGGAUCGUGCAGGUUGUUGAUAAAACAUGUAGGAAUACUGGAAUAGGAUCACUGGAUCAGCAGCAGACGGCUGGCACAAAUGCAGACAUCAAAGGCCCAAACCUCACACUGGACAAACUAAAGGAAAAAUAAAGAGGCUCAAAUUUCUUUUUUGGGCCCAUAACAUAAGGCCCACCCAAUAAUAGUUCCCGCCCCGAGCCAACUCAGAGACCCGCCAGCCGGCAAGCCUUUCAUCUUCGCAUAGACAGUCGCCAAGUGACGGAAAAACACAGAAGAGAAUCAAUCAGGUCCUCGUGCUUCAAAAUCCGCUUCCGCCAUGGCUGUCUGAAACUAAACCCUAACUUGCUCCAUCCCCACCUGUCAGUGAAUACUAUCCCCCACCACCGGUGAGCGCAAUUUCCUGCUUGUCGUUGUUAGCUAUUCGGCUCCUGUAAAAAUUGACCGCCUUCUACUGUGUUCUAGUGUUUUCGAUAUUUAUACGCUCUUUUUGAUACAUUCAAAUACCGUUUCAGUUGCUCUUCUUGUUGAGGAAGAUGGGUACAAAAGUUGAGCCCACAUCGAGUUUGGAACUUGGUAAUGACAAACCAUCUACGAGCUCGUCUGUUCCGUCAACAGGCGCGCCAAAGGUCUCCAUUUUCGCGUCCAAGUCUGGCUUCGUAAUCCCCAAAAACAAGCUCUCUGGUUCUCUGGUUCCAAUCUUUCGAGGAGGUAAGAAGGUUGGUAGCAAUGAUGCAGCAGCAGCCGGUCAAGAAAGCGAUGGUGAUCUCCAGAGGAAGACGAAGUGGGGACCCGAUUUAGCACAGGAUGCUGCUGUGAAAAAGGGGAGGGUUUUAGCUUACCAGACUCGAGUGGAUCAAAUCGCACAACAGCUGUGUCAGGGGAAUCUCGAUCUAGGUGAAUAUGAGGACUCAGAAGCGUCUAUUGGACGUGCAGAUUUGAAGCCUUCCAAAUCACUAGUUGAGACUAAGGGAAGUUUGGAACUUGAGAAGCGCGAAGUCAUAGGCGAAAUACUCAAAUUGAAUCCAAGUUAUAAGGCUCCACCUGAUUACAAGCCUUUGCUUAAAGAAGCUGCAGUUGUUAUCCCUGUGAAAGAUCAUCCUGAACACAAUUUUGUUGAUCUGAUAUGUGGCCCUGGAAAUCAGACUCAGAAGCGAUUGGAGAAGGAAACUGGGGUAAAACUGCAAUUAUAUGGGAUUGAAUCUGGCAGCACGGAGAAGGUUGAAGUUUCAACUGCAGGUGCAAAUCAAACCCAUACUACUUACGACGAGUUGACCGUGCUGGUAUCUGCUGACACAUUCGAGAAAGUGGAUUCAGCAGUCUCUGUUAUCGAAUUACUAGUCUCCUCAGUACCGGGAAAUCAAGUGGCGGUUGAUAACACAGCAGAUAAUCAGACUCCGACUCCUGCUUCCUCCGACGUUGCGAAACAGGAAGCUGCACAGGUGGCAGUAGGGGAAGCUCUCCAAGGUGGUGAAUUUCGACAUCAGCAAGAACCGUGGAUGCCACAAGCCAUUUCUCUUGCUCCUAUAUAUCCAUCACCAAUGCUUAACAAUCCUCGAGAUCCCAACUUGCCUCCUCUCUUCAAUACAUCCCCACUGCAGUCACAUUUAGGAGGGCAACCUCCAUCAUUUCCACCAUCUAUGUUUAAUUCAGUCCCUCCUCAACCUCUUCCAACUGGGCAUCAUCCUCGGUCGAACCCUUACCCACCCCGAAAUUUUCCAACACCAGCCUCCCAACCUUUUCCAGCAAUGGCCCCUUCUCAGGGACAAAUGAUGAUACCCCGUCCAAAUUUUGCAUCUCCUCUAACAUCUCCCAAUAUAUCUGGAACGGAUUUAGCUUUUACAGGAAACAACAUUCAAUCCAGGCAGCAGCCGCCAGUUCAUCAGUUUCCCGGUGUUCGAAUGAGUAGUCAUUCUUCUGCCACACAAAAUGACUUUCAACCACCUCAACUGCCCAGGCCAAAUGUCAGUCUUGCACAUUUUCCUGGACCUCCGCCUGCUCCACCUAGAGGAAAUGCACAUCCAGCAGUCGGUCCUUUUCCUGGUACAACAACAAAUUUUUAUCCACCCAUGGGCAGGCAUCCGUCUGUAGCAUCAACAACUCCACAACAGCAGCAUUCUGUUCAUGGUGACUUCCAUUUUCAAAUGCAUCAUCAACUAAAUACACAUCCUCAAGCGAAUAGGCCAAUGAUGCAGCCAAAUUUGGCUCUUCAUCCUGGGGCUCACAUGUUCCAGAGGCCACCUCAGAUGGGAGGACAGAUGGGACUGGAUCGGCCUGAUGUUGCCGCCUUUGCUGGAUCUUCUUCAUUUCAACCUCGGCUUCCACAGAUGAUGUCGAGGGACUUGGGGCCAAUGAGGUCAGCAAAUCAAAUGCAACUUCACCAGCAAGCUUAUCGGCCAGUUCAAAUGACUAUGCCUCGAGAGGUUAUGGGUCCGAAUCAUCAACUGCUUGGUUCAAGAAAUCUGCCUUUCGGGUCAUCUAGGCCGGUCGCUGGGCAGCAAGUUUAUGACCCAUUCUCCCCCUCUGCUGCUUCUCAGCAGCCAGGAAUGGGAAGAAGAGCAGAUAACAAUGAUCCCGAAUAUGAAGAUUUGAUGGCUUCCGUGGGUUUGAAGUAAAGCUUUAACAAGUGUUCUGACGCUGUUGAACUCUUACUGUGAAGGAAUAGUCAUUUGUAAUGUUUUUGCCUUGAAACCUUCACCUUUGGCAUUAGCUGCUGAUUCUGAACUUCGAAUCGCAGAGUUGUUGCAUCCCGACUCCAUGAAUUGAUCGUUUAACCAAGAGUUUUAUGGUUCGUCUUAACGUAUAAUUUUCGCAUAUUGAAAGCACCUAUAGAUAUUUGACGUUGGAAGGAGACUACUACUCUACUAGAAUGUAUUUGUUAGGUCGAAUAUCAAUCAUUUGUGCGCAGAACUCUGCCUAUUUGUAACUUGUAAGUAGCUAGAGUUAUUUAGCAUUCAACAAGAAAUUGGAAACUGGCAC